GUUCAAAGGCAAAGAAAGAGAGAGGAAGGAAAGUGCGACAGGCAGUAGGCUUACAGUCAGCUCAGUGACAGAAACGCUGGCUGGUUCCACACCAUGAUCAGACUUUGCUUGUUUUUUUUGCCCCUGUCUGCCUCGUUGCCCCUCUCCGGGUGGGUACAGUCCCCGGGUUACCCCAGAGGUUACCCGGAAGAGGCCAGCUUUCAAUGGAAGCGAUGUGCUCCUUCUGGCCAUGCCCUCUCGCUCGCCCUCACUCACCUGGACAUUGAGGACAGUCAUGAGUGUGAGAGUGAUGCGCUGAAGAUCUCAGUAGAUGACCAUAUGCUCUUCGCUCUAUGUGGUCGCAAGUCAUACGAGGAGCUGAAGUCCUCCAUCAAUCCCUUGCUCCUGUCCUCCUCUUCGGGCUGCGUGUCUCUUACCUUCCGCUCGGACUUCUCCAACUCCGAGAGGCACAGCGGCUUCAGGGCCUUCUACACAGUGCAAGAUGUAGACGAGUGUGCAGACCCAGACAACGGCUGCACCCAGAUCUGCAGCAACUAUAUUGGGGGAUAUCGCUGCUUCUGUCAGCCUGGCUACGUCCUGCACACAGAUGGAAAAACCUGUACAGUGAUGUGUAGCAAAGACCUAUCAGGUUCAAAUCUGGGCACCAUCUCGAGUCCCAGCUGGCCCGGUCCAUACCUUGCAGAUUCCAGGUGCUCCUAUAGCCUAUCUGUGGAUGACAGCAUGCAGCUGGUCCUUGAGUUCAUCGGCGAAUUUGACGUGGAGGCAGAAGAGGAUGGGACGUGCAUAGACUACCUGCUGGUUACUACAUUGUCUCAAAGCUUUGGACCAUUCUGUAGUACAAGGCUUCCUCCUUCACGCAUCUUAUCCGGAUCUCACAAGGCCCAGAUUACCUUCAACGCAGACGGAACUGGAUCCAACACUGGGUUUACGCUUAGCUACUCGACCACAGCAAAGACGUGUCCGCCAGAAGUGGUACCUCACUCCCAGGUGACACCCCAACUUACCCAGUAUGACCAAGGCACCAAGGUCACUGUGCGCUGCAACAGUGGGUUCCUACUUGACCCCGUUGCGGAAAAUAAAGGGGCCAAAAACGAAAAAGAAUACGUGUCAAGUUGUGGGAGGACCGGAGAGUGGAGCCCAGUCUACAAAUGCGAGCCUGUAGACUGCGGCACCCCCAUCGUUCCUGAGCAUGGGCCGUUAAUUGUGUCAGAUCCACUUCCGAACUCACUGUUUCAGGGCGAGGCUCGAUUCUCCUGUGAAUCAGAGUACUAUAUGCUCGACGGGGAAGAGAAGUACACCUGUGAUGCUGAAGGUGAAUGGAGGUCAUCAGGUGGAUGGAAAAAAUUUCCAAAGUGUGUAACAGUGUGCGGCAAGCAAAUGGCUGAGGUAUUCAGCUACUCCCGGAUUCUUGGGGGGGAAAAUGCGGCGCAGGGGCAAAUUCCCUGGCAGUUAUUGAUCUAUAAUCGAAGAGGGGGAGCAUCCCUGAUUAAUGACCAGUGGGCCAUCACUGCUGCCCAUGUGGUUGACCAAAGUGGGGACCCACAACUCAGAAUUUAUGGGGGUGUUGUGAAACUACGAGGAAUCUACGGCAUUGAAAGACGUAAUGUGGCUGUUGAGACAGCAAUGAAGAACAAUCCUGGUUUGGUUGUCAUGGAGUCAGAAAAGUUCUACGUCCAUCCCGAUUACGAGAAGGGUCUUUCUGAUGAAAAUCGGUUAAGCUUUGAUAAUGACAUUGCUCUGAUCAAACUGAAAUCCAGGGUAAAACUGAGCCCCAACCUGCUCCCCGUUUGUUUGCCAGAGAAGGGAGAAGGGGGCACAAUGGAAGGUAGCUGGGGCUCUGUAUCAGGGUGGGGUCACACUGAAAAUCAAACUGUAGGACUAAAUUCCGAUUUGCUUUAUGUCAAUGUGGAAGGUCACUCCCCUAACAUAUGUUCCCAAACUGUAACGCAUCCAAAUAUGAAGAAACGCAUGGUUUUUACUGAUAACAUGUUCUGUGCUGGAGGUGAAGGCAAAGACAGUUGCCAGGGGGACAGUGGGGGACCCUUCGUUGUCCCCACAGUGAAUUCAGGUAACCAACAGAAGAAGAAACCCUUCAAGAUUUACGGCAUUGUGUCUUGGGGUUCUCAGUGUGGGAGUAAUGGGUAUUACACCAAAGUUGAAAAGUAUUUGGACUGGAUUAAGAGCACGAUAGAGCAAAAUGAGCUGCUGUGUGGGUGUGAGGUUUGGGGUUUGGUGAUUCCCAGCCCCUCUGCGGAGCCAGUGUUGUAUGGGGAAGUGCAGACACCAAACUACCCUGAGCCUUACCCCGCAUCCCAUUACGAAGAGUGGGAGCUGUCUGCGCCUGAAGGCUACAGGGUCCAGCUCAGAUUCACUCACCUUGAUGUGGAACCCUCAGUUGAUUGCUUUUAUGACUCAGUCACGGUCACGUACAAAAACAAAAUUUUGGGAAAGUUCUGUGGUCAAGAGAAUUCUGCUGAUGGUCAUCAUCCUGGCAGCCAAUCCAUCCUGUCUCCUGGCAACAACCUUCACCUCAUUUUCCAAAGUGAUGACUCCAACCCUGGGUCACAGCAACAUAUUGGAUUCUCUGCCUUCUAUCAGGCAAUUGAUGUGGAUGAGUGUUCCCUGCCGACCCCUGAGGAUGGCUCUGGACCCCUGUGCUCCCAAAUCUGCCACAACACUCUGGGAUCCUAUCUGUGCUCUUGUCACCAUGGCUACGAGCUCAGGCCAGACCAACGUACCUGUGUCUUACAGUGUGAAGGGGGUAUGUACAGUGAGCCAGAGGGGGUCCUGUCAAGUCCAGGCUACCCCCUCCCUUCUCCUCAUGGCCUAUCCUGUCAGUACCACAUCUCAGUGGAGCUUGGCUUCACAGUGACCCUCAACUUCACUGGGACCUUUCACAUAGAGAAAGUAGAGGGGUUAGCUCAAGGUUGUAUCCAUCACUGGCUCCAGAUGUCACUGCCUGGAAAAGAGCCACAGAAGUUUUGUGGGAAUGUCAGCCCAGGGGUCAUAGAGACCCAGUCCCAUUCUGUUCAGCUGGAAUACCACACUGACGGGGAAGGACUAAGUCUGGGAUGGAAGCUGCAGUACACUACAGAGAGGGUACAGUGUGAGUCUCCAAGCACGAUUACCCAUGGUAAAGUUACGCCCGUGUUCCCCAAGUACCACUACAGAGACUACAUUAAAGUGCGCUGUGACACCGGCUACAAGUUGAUGAUGGGGGGCAAAGAGAUUGAGGAUUAUUUCUCCAUGUGUCAGAGUAAUGGCGCAUGGCAUCUCCCUCUUCCUGAGUGCCACAUAAUAGACUGUGGUGACCCUGCCUCGUUGCUGAAUGGAGGCAUCGCUUUUCUCAGUGGCUCACAGAACCAGUACUUGUCUGUGAUUCAGUACCACUGUAACGAGCCGUAUUACAGUCUGGCUACGGAGGGCAAUGUAAAUUAUACGUGUGCAGCGGAUAGGAAAUGGAAGGACCACCAUAACAAUUAUAUUGUCCCCACAUGCUUCCCAGUGUGUGGCCGCCCCGUUGUCAGCAAUUCGUUCCGCCAGAGGGUUCUGGGGGGUGAAGACGCAGAGCCAGGGGCAGUUCCUUGGCAAGUGUUUUUAAAGACUGACAGCGGACGGGGUGGGGCAGCUGUGAUUGGCGAUCGGUGGAUUCUGACUGCGGCCCACAACCUGUUCUCCAAGGAUAGCUCUAGUCGUGCAGCUCCAUUGCAGAUGGUGAAGGUACAUGUGGGAGAUAAUGAUGUAGACAAUCUCCUGAAAACUCCUAUUGGCGUUGUUUCUGUUCACGCUCAUCACGGGUACAAGAAUCCUAAUCAAAAAAACUUUAACCAUGACAUUGCCCUCAUCAAACUGGAUCAGACCCUCACUUUCAACGCCAGAGUGAUGCCACUGUGUCUCCCACCAGAGAACGCUCAAUAUCACACAAAUAAAGUAGGCAUGGUCUCGGGUUUCGGGAUCACAGAGAAUCAGACAGUUUCCAACAAACUGAAAUAUAUUCGGCUUCCACUGGUGGAUCAUGACAAGUGUGCCACCUCAAUUGAAGAACAAAAGAGGCAACAAAAAGACAUUCCAGUUUUGACAAACAACAUGUUCUGUGCUGGGUUGCCUGAAGGUGGUAAAGACAGCUGUGCAGGGGACAGUGGGGGAGCUUUCACUCUCCAGGACAAUGACCGGUACUGGGCAGCAGGGAUAGUUAGCUGGGGAAUUGGUUGUGGAAAACAGGGGACUUAUGGGGUUUACACCCGUGUGGCAAAUUACCUGGGCUGGAUAAAGGAGACAAUGGAGAAAAAUUAA